AUGGGAAUCUCAUAUAGCACAGCGAAAUGGAUUGCUCCAACGAGCUUUGUGAUCGAUUUUGCUUGUCAGCAGUAUGGCAUGCUUUCAACGCCAAAUAUGAAGGAUAUCCAUGAUCAGAAACUGUCCUUCUUCAGUCCUCAGCCGUACUUCAUCGCUGGGUUUUUCUUUCCUCAACAAUUGUUCCAAAUUGGUUGGUUAUAUCGUCUGUGGAAACUGGAUCCAAAAAAACCAGCCGAACGGGCGGAAUUGGAUCAGAUGGUGGAUUACGUGCCAUAUUAUACCCUCGGGAAUCUUUGCAUAGCAGCCUGGAUGGUGGCAUGGAACUCAGGGAGACUUGAUAUUUCCCAUGGCUUCGUAACCGUCAAUACUUUGAGCCAACUGUGGUACCUGACCAUGCUCUCCAAGACCUUUGCAGGAAUUGGCGUACUAGACCUGUUGCACAACGGCUCGGCGGCUUUCUUCAAAAAUCAGCCAGCAACAUUACCUAUCAAAGUGCUUACAGGUGUGGGUUUUGGGCUUGCUAGCGCUGUGAGCGACUGGAUAUUUGGAGGAUGUAUGGUGUAUGAUCUAGUUGCUCUAGCGGCAGGUCAAUCUGGAGACUGGAGAACUUUAUUGAGCGUAUUCGCAGUUGGCAGUGCGGGCAUUGUCGCUGCGAGGAACAUGGCGAAGCCUCCUUACUCAAAUCAGUACACGAUUGUUGCCGAUGAUGAGGUCGUGUGA